CUGGAACAGCGCUGCCCGCCAGACCCCGCCGCCUGGAUCCCCUGCUUUGCCCGCCGCCCCACGUGACCGCGCCGACCACCACCUCCACCUUUGAGCCCGCUCGCCAUGGCCCUCUUCGGGGCCCUGUUUCUAGCGCUGCUGGCUGGCGCUCAGGCUGAGCUCCCCGGCUGCAAGAUCCGCAUCACCUCCAAGGCGCUCGAGCUAGUGAAGCAGGAGGGUUUGCGCUUUCUGGAGCAAGAGCUGGAGACCAUCACCAUUCCGGACCUGCGGGGCCGAGAGGGCCACUUCUACUACAAUAUUUCUGAGGUGAAGGUCAUGGAGCUGCAGCUGACGUCCUCUGAGCUCCAUUUCCAGCCAGAGCAGGAGCUCAUGCUACAGAUCAACAAUGGCUCCUUGGGGCUGCGCUUCCGGAGACAGCUCCUCUACUGGUUCUUCUACGAUGGGGGAUAUAUCAACGCCUCUGCCGAGGGUGUGUCCAUCCACACCGCUCUGCAGCUCUCCCGGGAUCCCACUGGCCGGAUCAAAGUGUCCAACGUCUCCUGCCAGGCCUCUGUCUCCAGAAUGCAUGCAGCCUUUGGGGGAACCUUCAAGAAGGUGUAUGAAUUCCUCUCCAUGUUCAUCACCUCAGGGAUGCGCUUCCUCCUCAACCAGCAGAUCUGCCCCGUGCUCUACCAUGCAGGAACCGUGCUUCUCAACUCCCUGCUGGACACCGUGCCUGUGCGCAGCGCUGUGGACGAGCUCGUUGGCAUUGACUACUCCCUCGUGAAGGAUCCCGUGGCCUCCGCCAGUAGUCUGGACAUGGAAUUCCGGGGGGCCUUCUUUCCCCUGGCCGAGGGCAACUGGAGCCUGCGCAAUCGGGCGGUGGAGCCCCAGCUGCCCGAGGAAGAGCGGAUGGUAUACGUGGCCUUCUCUGAGUUCUUCUUCGACUCUGCCAUGGAGAGCUACUUCCAGGCAGGGGCCCUGAAGCUGUCGCUGGUGGGCGCCAAGGUGCCCCAUGAUCUGGACAUGCUGCUGAGAGCCACUUACUUUGGGAACAUCGUCCUGCUGAGCCCGGCAGUGAUCGACUCUCCACUGAAGCUGGAGCUGCGGGUCACGGCGCCACCACGCUGUACCAUCAAGCCCUCGGGCACCACCAUCUCUGUCACUGCCAGUGUCACAAUCGCCCUGGUCCCACCCGACCAGCCCGAGGUCAAGCUGUCCAGCAUGACCAUGGAUGCCCGUCUCAGUGCCAAGAUGGCACUCCAGGGGAAGGUGCUGCGCACACAGCUGGACCUGCGCAGGUUCCGAAUCUACUCAAACCAGUCUGCAUUAGAGUCGCUGGCACUGAUCCCACUGCAGGCCCCUCUGAAGACCAUGUUGCAGAUUGGGGUGAUGCCCAUGCUUAAUGAGCGGACCUGGCGUGGGGUGCAGAUCCCACUCCCCGAGGGUAUUGAUUUUGUGCGCGAGGUGGUGACAAACCACGCGGGUUUCCUCACCAUCGGGGCUGACCUUCACUUUGCCAAAGGGCUGCGAGAGGUGAUUGAGAAGAACCGGCCUGCCAACGCCGGGGACCCCCGAGCACCCAGUGCCCCGCCACCCUCCAUGACAGCUGUCUGAGUCCUCAACCCCGACCCUGGCAGCUGCAUUCAGGACUCCACCGUCUCUCAUCCCCUCCCUCACCCCAUCACAGCCUCUAGUGUCCUCUAACCCCCAGUGCCACAGAGAAGAUGGGGUUUUAAGCUGUACCCAAUUUAAUUCCAUAAUCACAGUCAAUCCAUCAAUUACAGUCUGUCCACCCUCCCCGUGGGCUGUCCUGA